CGUCAUUCGCAGGCUGGCCUGGACUGGACAAGGGAUGCUCAUUUCAUUAAAAAAUGAGUAUUGUUGACAUCAAAUCCAAUACAUUGGCCGAUGGCCUCGAUGUAAUGUGCCAGAAAUAAAUUCUCGUGCGUAUGGUUGAAAAAGACUUGAUUCUAUCUUCAGUUCAACGUUUGAGUUCUUGCUAGAGAAUCAUGCCGGGGACGGAGUCACAAGCUAUCGGAACCCGGCUGAGGACGGCGAUUGAAUGGCUAAGAGACCGCUGGGGAUGGAUCGUCACCGUUGCCUCAUUUGUUCUCUACUUUAUCACCAUUGGUGUCUUGUACUGCUAUGGUUUGAUUUUUAUCAGUUUGCAAGAAGAUUUCAAGAGCAGUGCCACAAUAAUAGGUUGGAUUGGAUCUCUGGCUUGGGCCAUCUCUACCCUGACGAGUCCUUUGACUGCCAUCCUCUUGAGAUGCUGUCAGACCCGCAUCAUCGCCCUCCUUGGCAUCAUCUUCUGUUCCUCUAGUCUCCUCAUCUCAUCCUAUGUCACCAAUGUCUACUCACUGUUUGCUACCUUCAGUGUCAUGUAUGGCAUGGGGAUCAAUUUUGCCCAGCACUCUACGCUCUGCCUCAUCUACACCUACUUCCCAAAGCAAAACUCUACAAGAACCAUCUCCUUUGCCCUGACAGGAUGCCAAGUUGGACUUCUUGCUCUGAAUCCGUUGAUGGCCUUCUUUGUUGCGUCCAAAGGAUGGCGUCUUGCUCUUCGUAUAUUCAGUGGGAUCGUGUUUGUCCCUGGUGUGAUCAGUUGCAUCAUCCUGCUUCCACCCAGGAAGAAGAGCAAUGCUUUGGGGAAUCCCGAGACUGGUCAACGUCUUGCGGUCUAUCGGGUAUGCAAGGAGGAUCAAGGUCGCGAGGAUCAUGGCAAUGAGAACAGCAGUAAUGGCAACCGGGUUCAGGCAUCAUCAGGGAAUGACGAUACUCCAACCGCACCGGGGGAAGAUGCCAGUCAUCAGAUUCAGAUCUCAACUCCCAAGGACCGAGGAGACUCGAUUCCCCCGAAGAACCACUGUUCAAAACCAGCAGUCUGUAAAUUUUGCGUGAAGAGGAAAGAAGAGGAUGAAGAUAGAGAGUGGAAAGGGGAGGAGGGACCCGAGAUUGAAAGGACUGCUGUUGAAAUGAAGAUGUCUAGAAAUCCUGUGACGUAUUUCUUUUCCAUUGCUCUGGCUACACUUUCCCUUGCAUGGACCUUCUUCAAUGUUAAUCUGGUGAGUUACACAGACAGUGUCGGGAUCACAGCAAACCAUGGCUCCAUCCUACUCACUAUCUUGGCUGGUGGUGAAAUGGUAGGCAAGGCACUCCUCUGCAUCUUUGGUGAUCAUGUUCCCAUUGCCAAGGUCUACAUAAUCAUCGUCUGUAAUAUCCUUUCGGCGGUCAUAUCUUGCGGUAUGAUUUUCUGUAGGGAUUUCUUCAGUAUGAUCUCAAUAGCUAUUGGUAUCGGGCUAAUGAGAGCCAUCUUCAAUACUGUGCCGUUUGGAGCUGGUAUAGAGAUCUUUGGGACUUCCCGAACUUCAGAGGCGUCUACUCUGGCAAUGUUCAGCUAUGGAUCAGGCUAUCUUGUAGGAUCAGUCAUCCCAGGUGGCAUCUAUGAUCUGACUGGUUCCUACACGCUCUCCCUGGUCUGUACUGCAAGCGUCUUUGUCCUAUCAGCCAUCAUGUUCAUGGUCAUCCCGCUCCGGAAACAACUUCACGACUACCUCAUCAAGACGUGCCUAGUCUUCAAGGGGUCAAGGAGGAAAGUGGACAAAGAUAUCUACGAGAAGUGCAGUCAGGAUGGUCACUCUGCCACCAACAUCAAGAUUGAUUAUCUAUAGAUCAUCAAUACUUACCUCACCACCAAAUGUUUUAAGAGAUGCAAGUAGAUGAACAUGUAGGUGAGUCAGGGUGCAGAAUAAGAGCCAAAAAGAUGAUUGUUAGUCCUGCCAGAUGUUUUUUCUAAUAUCAUAACAGCAAAGCUCAAAGCCUAGUGUUCAGAUAUGAUUGGACAAGUCCCACCUCUUGAGCUAUUGAGCCUGCAUUACGCUUCAGUUCUCAGAAAGGGUCCAUGCAGUUCCUAUGGAGAAUGCAUGAAUUUAUGAUUCCAUUAUAAUAUAAUUUCAUGAUGCCAUAAUGAUGUCAUUAUUACUGAUAAUUUUAUGUUAAGGUCACAAUGGAAAAUCAAAUUCAGCUUCUAAGGAGUAAAGAGCAAAGCAUAUACUUUAUAGAGGGCGAAUUUUAUUAUUGUAAGAACAAUAAUUAUUACUGUAUUUUCAUAUUUGAACCUUCUGAAAAUAAAAAAAAAUAUAACAUGAAAUUAGCAUUUUAUACAAACAAUGUUUGUUACAAUAAUUAUAUCAAUUUUUAAUAUCCCUCUUUUCUGACUCUGAGCAUGCAAGCUAUAAAAACAAGUGAAUUUAACCCUUUAAAAAAUAAACAGGACAACAGGUGUAUGAAUACAAUGCACACAUCAUAUAAUGCUGACUUAUUAUAAGGAAACAGGGAUAUUGCUUGUAGGCUGACUUACUUGUAUAAGGGUAUUAAACAGACUUGGGUUCUGUAUUGGAGAAGAAUGGAAUAAUCCAAAUACUGAACAGUUUGUGCUUUCUUUUUUGUGGAAAGCUGUAAGUUUGCAAUUGAUCUUUUCUACAUUUUUUCAUUUUCAUGUAAUUGGGUAUUAAAUAUUUUGCCUGGCAGAAAGCGUCCAUUUGUAAGCUGUGAGUUUGCAAUAGAUUAUUUCUGAAUGCUUUUCCAUGUAAUGGGGUAUUACUCUAUGUAUUUUACCUGGCAGAAAGUGCCUGAAUAUGAAAAUCAAUUAAACAAUUACUGGCAAAGGAAAUGUAUGUACAGAAGUGCUCAAAAGUUAGUGAACCCCACCAGAAAAUGGACAUAUUGAAAAGUAUUGC